CAUAAUUUUUUUUUUAGUUACUCGUUAAAAAUUGGAUCUUUCCCAACUAAAAAAAAAAAGGAUAAUCCAUUUUCAAUUAAACAUAAAAAACUUAUCAACUAAUUAUUAUUAUAAUACAUUAGACUAAGAAAAGAAGCCUGAAAGUCAUUACGUUUACGAAAACUAAUUAAUUAACAGUUAGGUUAUGUUAAUUUAAUAGUAUGAUAAGAUGAUGUGAAGACAAUGGCUAAUUAAUAAUAUGAUUCAAGUACUGAAGGCUCAUUUUGCUGUUUCACACUUAACUGGCGAGUGGAGAAUUGGUAGGGAAAAAGGUACGUGAUAUAGCAGACAUGAUGAGAAGGCGCACAACCGAGGGAGAAUCGAAGCACGUUGGCUUAACCGUCAUUAUUGUAAAUCCCAUUGGACAGUUUACACGUCGCGAAAGUUGUGUGCACGUAUUGUCUGUUUAAGUUCUUACGAUAAAUCACACUAUGCAUUCUGAUUUUAAUUACUUGUAAUACAUUAAAAGGGUGUUUUAUAGUUGAAACUUUUUUUUUCACAAAUAUUAACUGAGUGAGUUUUUUUUUUCAAUCAAAGGACCAAUUUUGUUACAAAUUGUGUUUUUAAUUUAACUCGAGAAAGUUUUAAACUUUCUAACAUAAGUUAUAACAUAAUAUUAUUACGUAAAGGUGAAGCAGUUAUUCAAAGUUCUUCUAGUGAAAGCAUGAUAAAAAAAUUCAUAAAUUGAGAGAAGAAUGAAAUUUUAAGAUGAAUUCUAGAUUAUCACAUUGAAAUCAUAUCAGCAUUUUAAUAAAGAUUCAUCGUCAUCAAGUAAGAAAAUAGAAGAGAACAAAGAGCAUCAGCUGGAGAUUGAAUUAGUAGCAAUGUAUAUAGUGAAUUUCAUUGAUCGUAUAUUAAAUAACUUGAAGAUAAAUGUGGUGCUUUAGUUUAGAUUUAUUAAUGAGCACCAAGUUCUAAUAAUGAAUAUUUUACCAUUCCAUCUGAUAAACUCAACGAGUGAUGUAACAACUCAACUACUGAGGAUUAUUAUUAGUGGGGUUCAGAACGAUACCAACAUGUCCAAUCAAAUCCUUAAUGGUUCAAUGUUCAACUUGACUCAUCUAGAACAUGCUCCAAGCUUGACACACCGAGCUUUCAUCAAAGCUAUCGUGCUAGGUGUUAUGGCAGCACUCAGCCUUGUAGCAAAUGCCACGACCAUCUGGUCAAUAACGAAAAACCGUCGUAAACACCAGAGUUAUUCAGCCAUUUAUACUCUUAUUUUUCACCUUUCUAUUGCCGACCUGCUUGUGACGAUAUUCUGCAUCGCUGGAGAAGCACUUUGGAGUUAUACGGUGGCAUGGAUAUGGGGCAAUGUCACCUGCAAGAUUUUCAAGUUUCUUCAAAUGUUCAGUCUUUAUCUCAGUACAUUUGUUCUGGUACUUAUUGGAGUCGAUAGAUUUGUCGCUGUUCGAUAUCCUAUGAAGAGCCUCAAUACUAGUGAACGAUGCACUAAACUUGUACUUAUCACUUGGAUUGUCUCUGGCCUCUUAAGCAUACCGCAACUCAUUAUAUUUCAUGUAGCACGAGGUCCUUUUGUUGAGGAGUUUUCACAGUGUGUCACCCAUGGAUUUUAUACAGAAGCAUGGCAAGAACAACUUUAUACAACUCUCAGUUUGAUUUUGAUGUUCAUUUUACCCCUUACUGUCCUUAUUGUCACUUAUGUUUCUACAAUUAUCACAAUUUCACGCAGUGAAAAGUCAUUCAAAUUACAGUUGACAAACCACAAAAACAUUUCCCAAGAAAGUGGUGAUACAAAUCGCCGGAAACUUAUGCAUCGUGCUAAAAGCAAAUCACUACGUAUAAGCAUCGUGAUUGUAGCAGCUUUUGUGCUGUGGUGGACUCCGUAUUAUACUAUGAUGAUCAUAUUCAUGUUUCUCAACCCAGAUGAGCGUUUAAGUGAAGAACUCCAAAAUGGAAUUUUCUUUUUUGGAAUGAGCAACAGCUUGGUGAAUCCAUUAAUUUACGGAGCGUUUCAUUUAUGGCCUCAAAAGAAAUGCCGUAAAUUUCGCCAAAGAGAUGGUUCAACGAUGCAGCAUCGCAGCACUGCUACCCAUACAAGUUUCACUUUGGCAACUCGUGGUUACAGCAGUCGUUUCACUCAAAGUCAAACAAGAAAAUCCAGCACUUUCAAUGGAAUUUUACACGCAACUGACGAAACAGUAUUAGUAAAACUAAUUAAUGAAGGGCCUAACAAUAAUGAGAAAGUGUUAAAACAGUCGCCCAGAUUAAUUCUUCAAUAUAACUCCAACUCAAAUGGAAUUACAACGAAACUGAUCAAUACUAAUAAAACUUAAUAACAAAAAAAAAUGAUG